AUGUCUUAUCUCAUUGAAGCAUCUCGGCCUUUCACUCGUGUCCGGAGUAAUUCCUCUCUAACCCGCCAGUUCUCAAUCGCAGUCCCAGCUAGAAAGGCUGGUGAAAUCGGAUCGCCGAAGCCUCGUGGAUUUCUUGCGGAGAGGGAUUCCUUCGCUCAACGUGAAGCUGCACAGGAGAACAUGUACAUCCGAUCGCAAGAGGCAGAUAAGUUGAGGAUUCUGAAGCAAAAAAUGGCAGAGCAACGUCGACAUCUUGAAGAGCUGGAUAGGCAUCUCCAAGAAUUGUCUAGGGAACAAGCCUUUGCGAAGAAUUAG